CACCCCCGGUGCCCCACCUCCGCCCGGCGAGGGAGGGCUGGGGCUCGCCGGCUGCAGGCGCCGCCAUGGCUGCCAUAUUGGGGAGGAAGUGAGAGCGGGAGGCGGUGGCGGCGGCCAGGAAGGAGCCCUUCCCUUUUCCCUUCUGCUCGGGCGGGCGCAGGCUUCCCGGCAACGGCGGCUUUGCGAGACCCUCCCGGAGCGGGUCGGCGUAGAGGCAAGCAGCGGGUGGCGGUGGAGCUGAGCGCCCCGGAGGCGGCGUUGGCCUAAGAUGGCGGACCCGGCGGAGUGUAACAUCAAAGUGAUGUGUCGCUUCAGGCCCCUCAAUGAGUCCGAAGUGACCCGCGGCGACAAGUACAUCGCUAAGUUUCAGGGCGAGGACACCGUCGUCAUCGCGUCCAAGCCAUAUAUAUUUGACCGUGUAUUCCAGUCAAACACAUCACAGGAACAAGUAUACAAUGAUUGUGCUAAAAAGAUUGUCAAAGAUGUACUUGAGGGAUACAAUGGUACAAUAUUUGCUUAUGGGCAAACAUCAUCUGGAAAGACACACACUAUGGAAGGGAAGCUUCACGACCCAGAUGGAAUGGGUAUUAUUCCAAGAAUUGUGCAAGAUAUUUUUAAUUAUAUUUACUCUAUGGAUGAGAAUCUUGAGUUUCAUAUUAAGGUGUCAUAUUUUGAAAUAUACUUGGAUAAAAUAAGGGACCUUUUGGAUGUUUCAAAGACCAAUCUUUCUGUUCAUGAGGACAAGAAUAGAGUUCCCUAUGUAAAGGGUUGCACAGAACGUUUUGUAUGUAGUCCAGAAGAAGUUAUGGAUACUAUAGAUGAAGGAAAGUCAAACCGACAUGUAGCAGUUACAAAUAUGAAUGAACACAGCUCCAGAAGUCAUAGUAUUUUUCUUAUUAAUGUAAAACAAGAGAAUACUCAAACAGAACAGAAACUAAGUGGAAAACUUUACCUUGUGGACUUGGCAGGUAGUGAAAAGGUUAGUAAAACUGGAGCAGAAGGUGCUGUGCUGGAUGAGGCUAAGAACAUCAACAAGUCUUUGUCUGCUCUUGGAAACGUCAUCUCAGCUUUGGCUGAAAGCAGUACUUAUGUUCCAUAUCGUGAUAGCAAAAUGACCAGAAUCCUUCAAGAUUCACUAGGGGGUAAUUGCAGAACCACUAUUGUUAUUUGCUGUUCUCCAUCUUCAUACAAUGAGUCUGAAACUAAAUCUACUCUUCUGUUUGGCCAAAGAGCAAAGACCAUUAAGAACACAGUCUGUGUCAAUGUGGAGCUCACUGCAGAACAAUGGAAGAAAAAGUAUGAGAAGGAAAAAGAGAAAAACAAGACUCUCCGUAACACCAUACAGUGGCUAGAAAAUGAGCUCAACAGAUGGCGCAAUGGGGAGACUGUACCAGUUGAUGAACAGUUUGACAAGGAGAAGGCCAACUUAGAAGCUUUUGCAGUGGACAAGGAUAUUACUGUUAUUAAUGAUAAACCAGCUACCACAAUUGGAGUAACUGGCAAUUUCACUGAUGCUGAGAGAAGAAAAUGUGAGGAAGAAAUUGCCAAACUGUACAAACAACUGGAUGACAAGGAUGAAGAAAUUAAUCAGCAGAGCCAACUAGUAGAAAAACUGAAAACACAAAUGUUGGAUCAGGAAGAGCUUCUAGCAUCAACCAGACGGGACCAAGACAACCUGCAAGCAGAGUUGAAUCGCCUUCAGGCUGAAAACGAUGCCUCUAAAGAGGAAGUGAAAGAGGUGCUACAAGCCCUUGAAGAAUUAGCUGUCAAUUAUGAUCAGAAGUCUCAGGAAGUAGAAGAUAAGGCAAAGGAAUACGAACUGCUUAGUGAUGAACUCAAUCAAAAAUCGGUCACCCUAGCCAGUAUAGAUGCUGAGCUUCAGAAACUUAAAGAAAUGACCAACCAUCAGAAGAAACGAGCGACGGAGAUGAUGGCCUCUUUACUAAAAGAUCUUGCAGAGAUAGGAAUUGCUGUAGGAAAUAAUGAUGUCAAGCAGCCUGAGGGAACUGGCAUGAUAGAUGAAGAAUUCACAGUUGCGAGACUGUACAUUAGUAAAAUGAAAUCUGAAGUAAAAACAAUGGUGAAACGAUGCAAACAGUUAGAAGGCACACAAGCAGAAAGCAAUAAGAAAAUGGAAGAAAACGAAAAGGAGUUGGCUGCCUGCCAGCUCCGUAUCUCACAGCAUGAAGCCAAGAUCAAGUCAUUGACUGAGUAUCUUCAGAAUGUGGAACAGAAGAAAAGGCAACUGGAAGAGUCUGUAGAUUCCCUUAAUGAAGAAUUAGUUCAACUCCGAGCACAGGAAAAAGUCCAUGAGAUGGAGAAAGAGCACCUAAAUAAGGUUCAAACUGCAAAUGAAGUCAAGCAAGCUGUGGAACAGCAAAUUCAGAGUCAUCGUGAGACACAUCAGAAACAAAUCAGUAGCCUAAGAGACGAAGUUGAUGCAAAGGAGAAACUUAUCACUGAACUUCAAGACCAAAACCAGAAGAUGAUGCUUGAACAGGAGCGUCUUAGAGUGGAGCAUGAGAAGUUGAAAGCAACUGAUCAGGAAAAAAGUAGAAAACUGCAUGAACUUACGGUUAUGCAGGACAGACGGGAACAAGCGAGGCAAGAUUUAAAGGGUUUAGAAGAGACUGUGGCAAAAGAACUUCAGACUCUUCACAAUCUUCGGAAGCUGUUUGUUCAAGAUCUGGCUACUAGAGUGAAAAAGAGUGCUGAGAUUGACUCGGAUGAUACAGGAGGCAGCGCUGCACAAAAACAGAAGAUCUCCUUUCUUGAGAAUAAUCUUGAACAGCUUACAAAGGUUCACAAGCAGCUGGUACGUGAUAAUGCAGAUCUUCGCUGUGAACUUCCUAAACUGGAGAAGCGACUUAGAGCUACAGCUGAAAGAGUUAAAGCUUUGGAGUCUGCACUGAAGGAAGCCAAAGAGAAUGCUUCUCGUGAUCGCAAACGGUAUCAGCAAGAAGUAGAUCGUAUAAAGGAAGCUGUGAGAUCCAAGAAUAUGGCCAGAAGAGGACAUUCUGCGCAAAUUGCUAAGCCUAUCCGUCCUGGCCAGCAUCCAGCAGCUUCUCCAACUCAUCCAAGUGCAAUUCGUGGUGGAGGUGCGUUCACUCAGAACAGCCAGCCAGUUGCACUGCGUGGAGGUGGAGGACGGCAAGACAAAGUUUGCUGAAAAGUAAAUGCAGCAUGAGGAUUGGAUAUCAUGUAGAGGGAGUCAUUCCAUGACAAUAAUCUCUCCCUUUGGGGACUGUAGGAUUAUUUUUUGAAAAUGUAUAAAUUAUACCUGGCCUGUACAGCUCUUCCCCCUUCUACAAAUUCUGCUAACUGAUUCCCAAAAAAACCCAACUAGAGUGCAAUUUUGGCGUCUUGAAAAAUGACAUGUUACUUAAAGUGUAGCUCUGCUCAUUACACAGUUUGUCUUUCAUGUCUUAAAUUUAGUCUGCACUGUGCCAAGCUGAAUGUACAUUGAGAAAAUCUUAGUUCAAACUUUCUAGCUUAAUUUGUGUACAUCUUAUUGUCCUAGGGAAUGUGCAACAGUGUUUAAGUAUACUUUCAUUUUUAUCACUUCACAUAACACUACGUGUCCCACUGAAUUAGAACGGCACUCUACAUUACAGUUUUCUUUUGGAAUGCUACAUAGAGCAUUGGAACUAAAUUUAUUUGUACAGUGUAAGAAUACUGAAGUGUGCUUAUGACAACUGCCAUGAGGCACUGCGAUCGCUACACCACAGAACUAAAAAGUUCAAUAUGAACAAGGCUGUUUAACUGUUAUCUGAUUAAAUGCCCGUUUAUCGGGUAAUUUAGGAUAAAUAUUGUACAGUAAUAAGAGUAAACCUAAGUUUACAAAAGACUUUGUCAAUGGAUUAUCCCGUCUGUCCUGUUCUUGAUUCUACACACAGUACAGUCUGGUGGGGUGAAAACAUUCUGCUUCGUUUUGAUGAGCCUGUCUAUCCAUUUGUCUGUAUCUGUGAUGGUUCACUUUUGCUAUUUUAUAAUAGUGAAAUGAACACAAUCUAAAGUUUAACUUGAUAUUCCACUAUGUACACAGUACUGGAAUUUUUGGCUAAAAUUUUAACUUUCAAUUAAAUUUUUUUCAGCAGCUGGCCAAUGAAUUCAGAUACACUCUUAAAGGAUAUAACUUUUUAAAAGUGAUGUGUCUGGAAAUCCCAGAGACAUGUGUUUAAAAAAAGAAAAAAAAUAAAAAUAAAGUGCUACCCUGAAUUGUAUUUGUAAUCUGUUUGUAAGUAGGUAUAUGAAAUGUCCAAAGUAGUAGUUGUUGAAUAUUUUUCUUCUCUUUGCAAUAAAGUCCUGUAAAGUGGCUAACAAAAUGAAACUGUUUUUUUUUUUUGUUGUUGUUGUUUUUGAGCUCCAGUACUCCCACAGAGCUGAAUCUGGGUUUUAAAAUUUUGUAGUAUAAUUUGCCUAACUUAUUCAUAGGGUUUAGCCACUAUAAUUUUUAGAACAGCUGCCUUCUGGAUAGAAAUUAGUUACCAGGUCUUUGAGAAAGAAGGAACUUGAAUAUUCCUGAAAAAAUUCAGUUAGCUUUCCAGACCCGGUUGGUACCACUUUGUGUGCUGGCUUGGAUUUUUUGCUGGGUAUUCAUCAGUUCUUGUGGAAACAGCAGAGACUCUGUGACUGUUCAGACAGCAAAUCACUUUCAACUUUUAUAUUAUAAAUAGACAAAAUAUUUGUAUUAGGAUGGAGUGUAGUAAGAUUUUAGACCUUGAACCACUUUUUUCUAUAUCUACAGUAGUCUGAAUUUUUAAUAGUUUGAUUUUUUUGAAAGGUUGAGUGUAUCAGUCAGAAAUCUCACUAUUUUGGAGUUUUCAGCUUUUAAGACUGUUUUGUUCAUUAAGGCUGCCAAACACUCCAAACCUCCAGUUGUUUUAGAGCACGAUUAAAGACAGCACACUGAGGAAAGCAAAGGAACAGCAAACUACUUUGAAUGCAGUUUCUCCUAAUGGAAACAGCACUGUCCAUUAUCUUUCUCAAUGUUAACUACAGGCUUUCAGACCUUCAUUUGUUAAUCUGCAAUCAUAAAAACAAGAAACCACACUUUCUUUAAAGUACAUUCAAAUGAAGCAGGAUUUUUUUCUCAUGCCUGUGAAUGAGGGUUUCAUUCCUGUAGGUAAUUAUCAUGGGUUUUGGUGCUGAAAAUUGCUGCGUUUAAAAAAAAAAAAAAAAAAAAAAAAAAAAUUAAAAAAAAAUUAAGUGAUUAAGUGAUAACUAGCCUGUAGCUCAGUGUACAUCACCUUUUUAUAUUUAAACUUUUUUUUUAUUUUAAACCUUUUAUGAAGUUUACCAAGAACUGCCUCUUAAUGUAAAAAGAAAAACAAAACAAAACAAAAACAACCAACAACCUUUUUGUUUUCUGGUCUGGCUGUCAUAGGUCAGCCAGACAGGACAAUUACUGUUUUUUGUAAAUUAAAGUAUUCAGUCUAUAUGGGGAAUGUUCACACUGCUGUUUCAACUUGCAGUCUUUGAAUGGUUCUUAUUUUUAUGUUCCUCUAGAUCAUAUUUUUUAAAAGAUGGUUUAGGAUAGGAACUUGGUGAAAUAAUAUUUAUUUCUGGUGAACAACUAAAUUAUUUACAUAACUUAAAUGCUGACUCACUACUGUGUGUAAUUCUAAAUUUGACAUGAGAGGACAAGUCUACCUGUGGAAUAUGAUUUACCUUCAGUACACUUAAGAUGCAUUAAAACAAUUGGUUUGGGGAAGACGCCAUAUAGUUUUAACGUACCUGCAUGCUGUAAAUGUAUUUGUGUUUAAAUAAAGAGAAGAAAAAUCUUUGAA